AUGUUUUCUGCUCAAAACAAGAUCCACAAGGAUAAGGGUGUGGCACCAACAGACUUCGAACAGGAAGUUGCUCAGGCUUUCUUUGACUUGGAGAACACUAACCAGGAGUUGAAGAGUGACUUGAAAGAUCUCUACAUUAACCAAGCUGUUCAGAUGGAUAUCUCUGGAGGCCGCAAGGCUAUUGUGAUCUAUGUUCCAUUUAGAUUGAGGAAAGCCUUCCGCAAGAUUCAUCUCCGUCUUGUCAGAGAGCUCGAGAAGAAGUUCAGUGGAAAAGAUGUUGUCUUUGUUGCCACCAGAAGAAUCAUGCGCCCUCCUAAGAAAGGCUCUGCUGUUCAGAGACCACGUAACAGGACUCUCACUUCCGUCCAUGAAGCCAUGCUUGAGGAUGUCGCUUACCCUGCUGAGAUUGUUGGAAAGCGUACCAGAUACCGUGUUGAUGGCACCAAGAUCAUGAAGGUGGUGUAUUUGGAGCCUAAGGAGAGGAACAACACUGAGUACAAGCUUGAGACAAUGGUCGGUGUGUACAGAAAACUUACAGGGAGAGAUGUAGUUUUUGAGUACCCUGUCACUGAAGCUUGA